AUGCGUCGUAUUCUAGGAGUACGUUUUUUAUACAAUAUAAAUUAUUUUUUAAAAGAAGCACUUAUAAAAUUGCCUUCAAAACUGAUGUACGACAAUUUUGAUAAUGGAGUUGAUAGUUGUGAGAGUGAGAAUUUUUACAAUAUAGCAAAGUCUCAUUCAGAUAUACAGAGGUUGAGUGAUAAUGAUUCUAAAAAAAUACUUAAUGCCUUAUGUUAUGCCUAUAAUAAAAAUAAGACAAGUAACUUUAGAACUGUAGAUUGUGAUUAUCUAUACUUUUGGUUGGUUCAUACAUUAGAUGAAAAAUUAUCUGAUCGAAAUAUCGUUUUCGCUCUUAUGGAAACACUUAAAUUUAUACUAGUAACUCAUGGAGGUCUCAGUAUAUGUAAUUUUGAUAAAUAUCAUAAAUAUUAUAUGACUCAACAGAACUUUGAGGAUAUUAAGCUUUUAUUUGAUUAUUUUAAGGAUUAUGAAGUCCUUCAACAAGAUUUACAACAAUACUCGUGGUAUUGUAGUAUUGAAUAUAGGGCUCUUCUUGACAAAUAUUCCGCAGCAUAUAAGAGGAUAAUGGACGCCUGCAAAACAAAGGGUACUGGGUAUUUAUAUUGCACUGAUUAUGAGGAUUUUUUUAAUAGGAAUAACAGACAUGAAAUAUCUGAUUUGAAAUGUACUGUACGGCAAAAUUUUGAUGAUAUAGCAAAACUGGAAGAAGGAUACGGAAAAUGGACCCUUGGAAAUAUAGAUCAAGAUGGAUAUAAUUUUAAAGAUAGACAAAUUUCUGAAUAUGACAUUUCAUAUAGUACUUUGGCUUUUUCAGCUUCCAAAGCUAUGACUAUUGGAACUGUAGUUAUAGGAAUUAUUGUUUUUACUAUUAUAUUGUGCAAAGUAAUUAUGAAAUUUACUCCAUUUGCAUAUUGGUUAAAAAAAUUAUUACUUGGAAGAUAUAAAGGGAAACGUAAUAAUAAAAUAGAUAGGAAUAUAAUAGAAGAUUAUCCAAUUGAUGAAUAUAUAAAUUUACCGAGAAGUUUUAAUUUAAGACACAGUAAAAUAUAA